GUUGGCUCAAAAGUGGCUGCAGUCUCCCGCAAGACAAAUACAACAACUCAUGAAAUUUUGGGCGUGCUGACAGAAGGGAAAACUCAGAUAUGCUUUUUUGAUACCCCAGGUCUCAUGUUAGGGCACCAUGGGUUUCCUCAUAGGGAUGUCACCGUUCGUGUGGAGAGUGCCUGGAGCUCAGUUAACCUCUAUGAUUUACUAAUAGUAAUGUUUGAUGUCAAUAGGCAUCUGAAAAUGCCUGAUUCCCGAGUAAUAAAGUUAAUCAAACGAUUGGGUGCCGAGGUAAACCCAAACCAGAAACGUAUAUUAUGCAUGAAUAAGGUUGACCUAGUGGAUGACAAAAAAGACUUGCUGAAGGUUGCAAAGCAAUUUGAAGAUCUUCCUGGAUUUGAGCGGUACUUCAUGGUUUCUGGACUAAAAGGCAAAGGAGUGAAGGACCUUGUACAAUACUUGAUGGACCAGGCAGUGAGAAAACCUUGGGACGAGGAACCGGCGACAAUGACUGAAGAAGUAAUGAAAACCAUAUCAUUGGAGGUUGUGCGAGAGAAGAUGCUGGAUCAUAUUCACCAAGAAAUCCCAUAUGUAAUUGAGCAUCGGCUGAUGGAUUGGAAGGAGCUAAAAGACGGUUCUCUUAGGGUGGAACAACACUUUAUUGCACCAAAGCAAAGCCAACGGCAGAUCCUUGUUGGAAAAAAUGGCUCUAAGAUCGGGAGAAUCGGGAUUGAAGCCAAUGAAGAAUUGCGGUCCAUAUUCAAGAGAGAUGUCCAUCUGAUGCUCCAAGUUAGAGUUGCUAAGAAGAGGAGUUCUUGAAUAGAUCAGCAGAUCAUGAUUGUAGCGGCUGUAUAGAUAGCUGCUGGUAUGAGGUCUGCUCUGCGGUGCCGGUUCAGAGAUAUUCGAUUAUGUGAGCCUGUGCUUGUGUUGGUCGUGUUCAAUGAUACUGUGAGGGCUUCUCCACUUGAAUCAAGGACCUGUAUGCCUUAGCAUUCAAAUAUGAGUAGCGAUUUCCAGUUACAAGUUUGCUCGACAAUAUUGAGCAGGAUGUAAGCACAUAUAAGGACCAGUUGCAAAGAGGCGGGGUUAUUGUGAUUCUGUUUCAAAUAAGUUGUACCUUGUGUAAAAGACAAGCUUGUAAGGCUUGUCUUUUCUUUGUUAAAACAGUUUUGCUAAGUCUCAGUCGAUUGAGAUUUCGUUA